UCUUUCUCUCUCUCUCUCUCUCUCUUUCACUCCCUCUCAAACUCCAGAAAAAAACAAAGAAAAAAAUCAGACUCUGCAAACAAAAUAGCGAAAUGGAAGCAAACGUGCCAGUGACAGCGAAGAGCAUAUGGAGCAUAGUACGUGUAGCUUUCUUCAUGCUGAGAAAAGGCAUAUCAAAGAGGAAGCUAAUGCUCGACCUCAACAUGAUGAUGAAACGUGGCAAGAUCGCCGGGAAAGCCAUCACCAACCUCAUGUUCCACCACGCCCACGCCCACCACGUGUCCUCCGCCCCCCGCGAGUACGAGUUCAGCUGCAGCAACACCCCCAACUACGCCUUCCACAUCCCCAACAAGCACCGCCACCACACCCACUUCUUCGGCUGCGCCCACGCGCCCCCCACCCUCGACGACGACACCGCCUCCAUGAACGCCGUCAAGGCCGUCCUGUUGGAGAUGCUCAACAAUGAGGCCGCCGUCGAGGCCUCUCCCGCGCUGCCCGGCUUCGGUCGGAGCCCCAUGGUCAGGCAGCUCAGGAUAACGGACUCGCCGUUCCCCUUGAGGGUCGACCCCGACGAAAACUGCCACGUGGACAAGGCUGCCGAGGACUUCAUACAGAAGUUUUACAGGGAGUUAAGGCAGCAAAAGAGAAUGGCCGAGUGAGAAUAUCGUCACCUUUGUUGCCAGAAGAUCGAUCGAGCUUUUGUUAAUUACUUAUUAUUGUUACGGCUGUAUUAUGUUUUUGUUGUUCAUAUCACAAUAAGAGAUUGCAUGAAGUUUUCAGUUUUUCUUUUUCUUUUUCGAAUUCUUUCCUUUGUUAAAGUUCUUGAAAAAACUUGUAAUCAUGCAUGUAAUCUUGGGAACCCCACUGAAAAAAAUAGGAAGAUUUUUUAAGAUUGUGGGGUGUUUCCAAAUUAAGCUUA